GAUAAUCUUUAAAAUUUGUUAUAUGCAACACGUCGUUUCUAUAAAGCAUUACAAAAGUAUUUGUACUCAUUACUAAAGCUUCGUUGCGGAAAUUGUCUUGUGAAUUCAUUGAAACCUCGAGUAUCUAUACAUCAAACUAAAUGAAGUGUGCAAGGGAGGAGAUGUGAUAAAAAACGCAAUUCAUAAUCAAAACAAAAUAAAAAUUCAGAACAGUGAGAACGCCAAGCGCCACGACUCAUAGAACUCAUAGAAAUUUAUAAGCGGUGAGCAAGCAACAACAUUUUAUCACGAAGUGAAUAUGUAUGCGGUAGAAAGUCGUAAAGGCUCUCCCGCUGUCACUAGUGGGCUGUCGAAUUGGAGGUGUAUAUUUAGUUUUGCGAAAAACCUGUGGAGAAGCGGUUGCGCGAUACAUUUCUUGUUAGCCGAAGUGAAUUCGUGUGGAAACAAAAACAAAAAUAAAAGAAUAGCUAAAGAAAACAAAAACAACUAUAAACAAAUAACCGGCAGACAGAUAAACAUAACAACAUAUAUUAGCGCCUGAAUUCAAUAUAUACAUACAUACUAAGGUAGUAAUUUUUACAAGCAAUCAAACAAUAAUUAUAAGAAUUGGAACUGAAUUGGAAAAUGCUUCCGCUCGCUACACGCCUCCCUUACACGGUGCGUGCCGUACUGCGCCACCAUGUAAACAAGCAAGUCAUGGGCUGUCAUUAUUUUGCAACGAGUAGCGAGAGCGGCACGUCAACGGUCACUGCCGAACACCCGCUUAAGGGCGUGCGUAUACUCGAUAUGACGCGCAUCAUCUCAGGCCCCUACUGCACCAUGGUGCUGGCCGAUAUGGGCGCGGAAGUCAUCAAGAUAGAGCGCCCAUUUUAUGGUGGCGAUGAGUCGCGUAAAUGGGGACCACCAUUUUUGACGCACAGUAAGGAUUCCACCUAUUUCCUGGCGAUUAAUCGCAACAAGAAGAGUACCGCUAUCGAUUUAAAGCGUGGUAAGGAAAUCAUUUAUGAGCUCGCACAGAAAUGUGAUGUGCUCGUGGAGAAUUAUGUGCCGGGCAAAUUGGCGGAGUAUGGUUUGGAUUAUGAGCAAAUGCGCAAGGUCGCACCGCAGCUCAUCUAUUGUUCGAUGACCGGUUACGGUUCGGUGGGUCCGUAUGCUAAGCGACCGGGUUACGAUGUGAUUGCCUCUUCUAUUGGCGGUCUCUUGCAUAUAACCGGUGAGGCUGAUGGUCCACCAUGCAAGGUGGGCGUGGCAGUUACCGAUGCAGCGACCGGUUUGUAUGCGCAUGGCGCCAUUUUGGCCGCAUUGCUGCAGCGCGAGCGUACAGGGCAUGGUCAAAAAAUCGACGUCAAUCUGCUAUCCACAGGCGUGUCGCUGCUAAUCAAUGUGGCUAGCAAUUAUUUGAAUGCCGGCAUUGAGGCACAUCGUUGGGGCACCGCACAUUCGAGCAUUGUGCCGUAUCAGAGUUUCAAAACCGCCGAUGGUUAUCUCACAAUUGGUGCUGGUAGUGACGAUCAGUUCCGUGAAUUAUGUCGUUUACUCGAAAUCGCCGACACUGCCGAGAAUGCGAAAUUCAAAACGAAUAAGGAUCGUGUUAGUAAUCGUGCGGAAUUGAUUGCGUUGCUUGAGCAUAUCUUGGCGCAGAAGACAUCGAAGCGCUGGAUGCAACAAUUCGAAGGCGCCUCAUUUCCCGUGGGACCCGUAAAUAAUGUACGCGAGGUAUUCGAGGACGAGCAUAUACAGGCAAUUGGUUUGGUGAAAACAUUACCGCAUCCCUGCGACGGCAGUGUUAAAGUGGUGGGACCACCUGUCGUCUUCAGUGAGUCUAAGAAUGACGCACGCACAGCUCCACCUCUCAUGGGACAACAUACAGAUGAGGUGUUAUCACAGCUUUUGGGUUACAGUGCCGAACAGAUUGCCGAACUUAGAGAUAAGAAAGUCAUAGAAUAGACACACAUUUGUAUGCACAUAUUUACAUACAGAUGCACUUGUGAUAAUAACCCAGUUCGACUAAAGUGCAUUUAUAGUUUAAUAAGUGAAAUUGCAAAAUUAGAAUUUAAACAUAAUAUUGUUGUUGGUAAAUUCUUAUAAUAAUUUUUCGACACGGUUUUUUAUGAAUAUACAAAAAUAAAUGUAAAUUUGUACUCGGAAUCUCAAUGAACUUGUCGAUUAUAUUUGGUAAUUGUUGAUACCAAAGAUGGAUUAUGGUUUGAAUAUUUAAUUGAGGUUUGAAAACAAAAUCCAAAAUCCAAAAAUAUUGUAAACAAAAUUUCUCAGCAAUGAACUCAUAUACAACAAUCUUCUUAACCGCCUACGCAGUUAAUUAUUUAGAAUCAUUCUUUUCUUUGCUUUCUUCUGUUCGAAAUAACGGGAUAAUUUAAUAAACGAUGUGAAUUACAACUUUUAAACCUUAUUUAGAAUCAUAUUAAAUUGUUUAUAACGGAUUAUUUUUUUACGUAUUAAAUCAGGUGACAACGUUAUUUAUCAAAUUUGUACAAAUGAAAUGUGUUCAAAAAAUAACGGGAAUUUUCAAAAUUUGCAUUUUUACCAAUUGUCAAAAAAUGAAAUUAUUUUAUCAGAUGCACCUAGAUACCUGAUAAGUAACGUCUUCUUAUGAGCUUAGCGAUUUUCGUUUAUUAAAAGGUCACACUUCUAGCUUGUUCGUGAAUUCUUGGCCAAAACCAACACUGUACUAUGCCCCAGCCUACAUAUUCGCUAAACAUGGCUCCCUUUAACUUUCUUCUAUUUCCAAAAAUAAAGAGAACCUUAAAGGACAGUCGUUUUACAAGCUUAUGAAAAAUCGCUGGAAGAACCAAAGGCUAUCCUGACAAGUCUGCCAAGUUUCACCUUGAAUAUCUUAAUUUUUACUCAAGUUACAGCUUGCACAGACGGACGGACGGACGGAAGGACAGAUAGACAUCCGGAUUUGAACUCCACGCUUCAGCCCUAUCACUUAUACUCUAAUACUCUCUUAGUAACUUUGUUGCGAGAGUAUAAAAUUCGAGUUUCAGAACUGUUUCGGCGAUUGAACGAAUCACUGGUAUAAGUGUCGCAUAUCGAAUUUAGACUAUUUUGAAGGUGACAACAAUAAUGUAUACCAAUUUUAAAAUAUAUUAUUUUCAAAAAACGAAAAUUCCCGGUAUUUUUUGAACACUCCUCGUAUUUCGAACUUUAAAAGGUUCCCUUUAAUAUAUUUAUAAAUUUGUUAUACACUUUGAAAUUCAUUAAGUUUUAUACAGACAUGUUAUGGAAAAUUAUUAAAUUGUGUUUAUUUUAUUUGAAAUCAGGUGGCAACUCUAUGCAAAUAUUUUCUGUAUUAAGUGUGUUAAAAUGCCUUUCAACGGUUACACAUUUUGUUAUUUAUGACAAAUCUUUAAAUCAUAUAUAGAACUAGGUGGCAACUCUAUGCUAGUAAUAUUUUUUGUUAAGCUGUAUACAUCUUCAGAUAUCCCUUGAGUGGCUUAUUUGUAAUUUUUAUGAUAUUUAGAUUAUUUCGAAUUUAAGGCCAUCUUUGAAGAAAUUAAUUACCUGUAAUCCGUCUCUUUGUUUUCUUGUUCAAAAAUUUUACGGCUAUGUUAGGUAAAUCAACUAUUUAACCAGAAUUUAUGAACAACUUUCCGUGUUAUUUAACAUCAGAUAUGGUUUUAAACUAAGGCACUCGAUCUGUUCUAAACAUAUUAAUUUAAUAUGGAGGAGACAAUUGCAGUAUUUUGAUCUGGCCAUACAUAGCCGCGUUCCAUUUAAAGAAAAAUGUCACUUGCACUCUUGUGAAACAUGAAAGAUGGAUGGGUUUCGCAGAAUGAGUUAAACACCUUUCUAAAAUGUCUACAUAUGUAUUAAAACCCGAUUUUCAACCAGAUUGACGCCUACAUUUGUAUCUAUUUAUGUUGUUCAUCGUGAACGUUAUCGGAUAAAUAUAGCGUUUAUCAACUGUUAACUGUUUUAGCAAUGCUGAUAGGAUUUUUUAAGAAACCCUUUCUUACCAGAAUACAACUCAAAGAUUUACUGCCGUAUUACGACUGACUAUUCACUAAUAAUUGGUAAAUUUGAGCAAGACAUAACCCUACUUCUGCGGAUAUUUAAAAUUUUUCGAUUUAACAAAAUUUCAUAUAAAAGUUAACACAAAGUCGUAAAUCAGAAUUCUAUAGUUUUUUAAUCGAGAUAAAUUUAACGCUACUUAAUCGUAAAAUUAGUUACAAAAAAAUAUAGUUUAAAAUAUAAGUUUUUAAAAAAAUAUUUACUUACAAAAAUAAAAACUGAUCGGCGAAUGUCAAUAUCGAUUUAAGCAGUUGCACUAAUGCCAGCAAGAAAUGACCAUAACAAUUAUGUUGUUGUUGUUUUGUUGUAGCAAAAGAUGUGAGAAAAUCGAAUCAAAGCAAGAUGAUGAAAAAAUGAAUAGAAAACAUAAAUGAGCGACACGAACAACUCAAAGGAAGCACGGAGCAGAAUCGAGCGACCGAUGAAUGGAAAACCACUAAAAGAAAACACUUUACGCUGCAACAUAACGACCUAUAAUGAAUGCAAAUCAAGCAAAAGCCACACGGAAUAGAAUUUAUACGAUUUCUCAAGAAAACGUCGUUUGAGCUGGAAAAAGUCGCAUACAAACGCAUCGUCUGAGCCUUGAAAGUAAAACAAUUUACUAUACAACAACAAA